CGGAGCGCAGUCCGGUGCGCAGCGGCCAUGACGGCGCACAGCUUCGCGUUGCCGCUCGUCCUCUUCUCCGCCUUCUGGGGCCUCGUGGGCAUCGCCGCCCCCUGGUUCGUGCCCAAGGGGCCGAACCGCGGGGUGAUCAUCACGAUGCUAGUCACCACUGCCGUGUGCUGCUACCUCUUCUGGCUCAUCGCCAUCCUGGCCCAGGCCAACCCUCUGUUCGGGCCCCAGCUGAAGAACGAGACCAUCUGGUACGUGCGCUUCCUCUGGGAGUGAGCAGGCUCCGCGAGCUGGCGCCUCAGCAGAGACCCCCAUCAAAUCCAUCACCCUCUUGUAGCUGUUCCAGCCUCUACGCUCUUGUACCAGACAGCCCCCAGAGGUGCUGGGACAGAGGCUGGACCCGCUGCCCAAGCACACCUGGAGCACUGCAGCCUGGACCAAUGGAUGGCUGGGCCCCCAAGCAUGGCAGACAGCACCCCUGGACAAAGGCCUUCUAAUCUGACACUAGGAGCAGCCACGCUACCAGGGAGAGAUCCCUUCAGCUGGCCCAGUGCUGCAGUGACUGAGCACCAUCCUGUGAGGGAUCUAUGUGCGGUGCCAGCGGAUCCUGUCCCAGCAGUGCUUGUCCUACCCUCGUGGUGUGUUCAGCCCUAGCCUCCACGUGAAACCCCUGCUCAUAGCCCAAGCUGCCCAACUAGUUGCCCUGUUCCUGGUCUUUACAGCCACUGGCUGCCUGUCUGCAUGAGAACACAGGAGCCAUGGCAUCUUCUAUGGUCUGGUCAGUCCCCUGUGGUGGUCCCUGCUAAGGCAGAUUCUGCCUGUGGGUGGGAGAAAGGAGGGCUGACCCUGGAGGAGCAUGCAGACCCCCUAGGGUGUGAUAAUGGAGGUGUUGGGGUCUGCUGUAGGGGAUGAAAAGUGGGUUGUCUCCCACCUGAGCAGUGAGGCACCUGCAGUAGUGUUUAGGAAUCUCCACCAUGACAAGAUGGGUCCAGGUUCUGAGAAGAGCCAAGUAGCGCAUUGUGUUUCAGCUUUCCCUUUAUCAGAUAAUUUAUAUGUAUUUAUUUAUUUGUUUGUGUUGUUUAACUCGUGUUGUGGAAAUAAAUCUUUUUUUCUAGUAAAUCA